CGCCUGCACUCCAGCUCAUCGCCCAGAGAUCCUCGCGAACCCGUCCACACCCCGCAUCCCGACAGCAUGGUGGCAUCGUCAAUAUUCAUUCUGGACCUCAAGGGAAAGGUCCUCAUCUCCCGCAACUACCGGGGCGACAUCCCCAUGUCUGCCGUCGAAAAAUUCAUGCCCUUGGUGCUCGCGGCCGAGGAGCUCGACCAGACGCCGUCCCCUGUCAUCUCGACCGAGGAUGGUGUGCACUUCUUGUACAUCCGAUACAACAAUCUCUAUCUCUUGGCCAUGGCCAAGAAGAACCCGAACGCAGCUACAAUCCUUCUUUUCCUGCACAAGCUUGCCGAGAUCUUGAAGGACUACUUUGGUAGUGUCGAGGAGGAGUCGAUCCGAGACAACUUUGUCGUGAUUUACGAGCUUCUGGACGAGAUGAUGGAUUUUGGCUAUCCCCAGACGACGGACAUCAACCUCCUCAAAGAGUAUAUCUUGCAAGAGUCCUACGCCCUUAUUCCCCAGCAGCAGCCCAAUGUCCCUCUUGCCCUCACCAACACCGUGUCCUGGCGCUCGGAGGGUAUCAAGUACCGCAAGAACGAGAUCUUCCUGGACGUCAUCGAGUCCGUCAACCUUCUGGUCAACUCCAACGGCAACGUUUUGCGCAGUGAAAUCCUCGGUGUCAUCAAGAUGAAGUGCUACCUCAGCGGCAUGCCCGAUGUGCGACUGGGUUUGAACGACAAGGUGCUGUUUGAGUCGACGGGACGAGCUACCGGGAAGGGCAAGUCGGUGGAAAUGGAGGACGUCAAGUUCCACCAGUGUGUGGGACUGUCUCGCUUCGAGAAGGACAGAACCAUUUCCUUUGUUCCCCCCGACGGCGAGUUUGAGCUGAUGUCAUAUCGCCUCAACACUCAGGUCAAGCCGCUGAUCUGGUGCGAGGCCGUCAUCGAGAGCCACAGCAAUUCGCGUCUCGAGAUCCUGAUCAAAGCCAGGGCCCAGUUCAAGCGGAGAUCGACGGCAAACAACGUCGAGAUCAUCGUCCCUGUCCCUGAAGAUGCGGACACGCCAAAGUUUAAGACCACCAUUGGAACAGCAUCGUACGCCCCCGAAAAGAACGCCGUUGUCUGGAAGAUCAAGCAGUUCCAGGGCGGCAAGGAGUUCCUGAUGAGAGCGCACUUUGGCCUUCCCAGUGUCCGAACGGAUCUCCCUGAUCGCCGCCCUCCCAUCCAAGUCAAGUUCGAAAUCCCGUACUUUACCGUCUCGGGCAUCCAAGUCCGAUACCUCAAGGUCACCGACAAGAGCGGAUACCAGGCCUUCCCCUGGGUUCGCUACAUCUCCCAGAACGGAGAUUACUUGCUCCGACAGCCCGAGGUCUCCAGCAACACCAACAAGCUCGGGGCGCUCUAAGUGCCAUCAAAGCAUGAGACGACGGCUCCGAGUGACCGGGCUUCCUCCCUCCUCACCGCGAAAUAGCCGCCGAAAUGCAAGCUCAAACCGCUUGGUCCGAGCAGCAGGCGGUGUGCGCACAGCACCGGCCAUGGAGACUCGACGAUCGAGGCGAUGUCAAUAUAUUCAAACU